CACAGCAGAGGGAGGAGCACGUAAAAGGUUAAGAUGGACCCAAGGUUGUUACUUCUUGUUUUGAGCCUGUGUUCUGUUGCUUUGUGUCAGAAAUACGGGUAUCACUUUAUCAAUCUCAACAAAACCUGGCGGGAGGCGCAGUGCUUUUGCAGAGCUAACUACACGGACCUGGUGACUGUGGAUGACUGGGCAGAGGCUCAGGGCAGAGUCUGUGGAAAUGUGUCCGGAAAGUGCCCAGGGCCAUUAGGGGCAUGGAUCGGCCUUCACCACCGCCAGAAAAUGGACAAGGUCUGGCACUGGUCACUACCUGGCCUGGAGUACAAUAAAAGUCAGACAAACUGGUUCACGGGUGAAGGUGGAAAUAAACAAUAUUGUGGGUUUCUGAGGGAUGGCGAGUUGCACGAUGGAAGCUGUGAGAAGUCUCUCAAUUUUAUCUGCUACAACAAUUCUGUUAAUACUUCUGAGAAGAAGAACUGGUUGGGAGCUCUGCAGUUCUGCCGGGACCACCACACUGACCUGACAGGACCACAUUUAACAAGACCAUGUGGUGAAUACUGGAUAGGGCUUUUCAAAGACUCCUGGGGCUGGUCAAAUGGAAGCAACUCCUCUUUCCGAAACUGGGAUGCUUCUGAAAUGGUUUUAAAUGACAACUGGAACCCACAAACCAACCAGUGUGCCAUCAUAGGAGCGCAGAAGAAGUGGAGGAGUGAAGACUGUACAGAGACACGUCCCUUUAUCUGCUACGACGACUUCAUGAUCCUGAUCAAAGAGAAUAUGACCUGGGAGGAGGCCCUGUACUACUGCCGCCGGAACCACCGCGAUCUGGCAGUGAUGAGCAACGAGCAGCUGUGCAGGAUGGCCCGGGAGAGAGCCCACAUGGCGGACAGCGAGUUCGUGUGGGUGGGGCUGCACUACACCUGCUUCCUGGAGGCGUGGAUCUGGGUGGACGGGAACUACGUGUACAAUUCAAAAUGGGACGGGAAGGAGCCCAGCCAGUGCGGUUUUAACGGAGCCAUGGCGCGGGGAGGGAAUAAGUGGUUCGGAAAGCCAACCGAAAACAAGUAUAAUUUUAUCUGUUUGGUUUAGUGGUGAAAAUUUCAGUUUGAUCAUUCACCAAUCUUAGCAUACAUUUGUUGUGUUUAGAAGUAAAGGUAGAAAUAUGCACUACCAGUCCAAAGUUUUAGAACACCACACAGUUUUUUACGGUUUCCUGUUGACCAAACGUAUUCUAAACUUUUGAUUGAUGAAUGUGUCCACCUUUGACUCGUGGCUCGUUCUUUUUACAAUAGAAAUCAAAUAUUCUUCACAAAAUUCUUCCCAAGUCUGUUGCAGAAGUUUCCAUAAAUGUGUGGCACUUGUAGGUUGCUUCACUCUUCUGUCCAGUUCAUCCCAAACCAGCUCGAUGGGGUUUAAGUCUGGACACUGUGCUGCUGCUGGACACUCCAUGUUUUCAAGAUCACUAUCAUAUUCUUUUUUUCCUGAGGUCGUUUUUGCAGAACUUGGAUUUGUGUUUUGUAUCUUUUACUUUUUUUAACCUGUCUGUUCAGGUCUUACCUUUAACCCUUUCAAGUUCUUCAUUGAACUUGCACGACUUGAAUUCCAAUAAAUAACUGGAAAAAUUAGGGUGCUCUAAAACUUUUGACCGGUAGUGUAGUUAAAGUCUAUGGGCAGGCAUUAUGCAAAAUCAGGAUUUUUUUUUUAUUUUAUUUAUUUUUUUUUAGCUUUCUACCAUGUUAUAACAUUGUUUUCAUUAAAAACAUGCCUGAAGAAGUUUUAGAUGCAGUUUAUUCCAUGUUUGAGAAAUCUAUCUAACAGGCCAUAUUCAAACUCUCGUAAUGGAGUGUGUAUACAUGCACAUCAGUAUCCCGGUUAUUAGCCAUAUCCCGGUUAUUGCAGUAUUCGGGAUACUGUGUAUACAUGUGCACUGAGAAACCGGGACACUCAUAUCCCUGUGCACAUGAUCAAAUGAAAUGGAGUAUUCCAAUAUCUUACAGAUAUUACAGAUAUUUUUGCACAAGCGCAAAAAUUACAUAUUUAAUAAACCAUAAAAAAUACAAGCAAACAUGAGCUCCUUAAGCAGAGAAGCAGCAGGAGAUUCCUAACCAGCGGUAAGGAGCUAUGAGGUAUCCCACAAUCCACUGCACAGAUCAAACCAAACGUUUCCAAAUACACUGCAGCAGAUUAAUAAUUCAAAUAUUCUGCAUAAAUAAACUCAACUUAUCAACAUAUAAACCAUAACCAAUAGAGUCACAUCAGACCGUUUGAUCAUAUAAUACAGCUUUGCACACAUUUGUUUACAUUUUACAGAAAAGAAACUUAAAACCACAUGGCUCAUUUGCAUAAACUGUAAGUGCUGAAAAAAAAACAUGCAUUUUUUCAUAACAGGGAUACUGCCUUUUAAGGGAUACUGUGUAUACAUGCAGCAUGACAAAACCGGGAUAAUCAGAAAACCCGAUCAUAACCAGGAUACUGAUGUGCAUGUAUACGCACUCAUGUUUAGUAGUGAUUGUGCUCUAAAGGGUGAGUGACUUAGCGGAGAGAGCAACAGGAGAAGAGACUCAGCAUCAAAAACAAUCAAAAGAUGAAAAAGUGAAUAGAGCAUUUUCAAAACAAUACAAAUGCUAGGGUGAUGUGAAUGUGUUGUGUGUUAACAGUUAAUAUCUCACACAAGUGUAAUAACCUCUUUAAAACAAAUGAAUGGAUAAUAAAAUAAAAUGGAAGAUAAAAGUACAGAUUUUUGAUCUGAGAAUUUACCUUUUGGAUAUUUCAAGGGUUAAUCGAACAGCUUAAUCAGUAGUGGGGUGACCAGAUGUCUGAAAAAUUUGGGACAAUCCUGAAAUCUAAGCUGCAGAACUCCGAAUUACACUAAAACAGAAUUCUGAGUAGUUGUUUUCUGAAAAACAUUAGAAAACUGUUCAUUGAGAGCCCCAGAGAGCAUCUAGACGCUCUGUUCUCAAGGCGUACAUUUGCCUUGAUCGCCUCCUCAUUCCAGGGAAGAGCGCCUCACUGAAACUGUGUUCAGACCAGAGCGUCAAAAAACGCCCGAGACGCCUCUAUUUGUACGCCUUUAGACGCCCCUGACGUGCGUGUUUGAUGCCGUGGACGAACAGGAGAAAAAUACUUGACGUGCGUCCGUUGCCCUGGAAACAAGCGCCGAAACAAUGGCAGACCAGACUGAGAGAGACUUUAGUGUUUUUAUUUCAUUAAACCAUCAGCGCAGGAGAUCGGGUCCAUGACUGCGGCGUAUGUAUACUCCACUAGUGACACUGGUCCAGUCCUGAUCUAGUCCCAGGCUAGUCCCCGUGUAGUCCUGGUUUAACCCUGGUCUAGUCCUGGUCUAGUCCUGGUCUGGUCUCGGUCUAGUCCCCGUGUAGUCCUGGUUUAACCCUGGUCUAGUCCCGGUCUAGUCCUGGUCUGGUCUCGGUCUAGUCCCCGUGUAGUCCUGGUUUAACCCUGGUCUAGUCCUGGUCUAGUCCCCAUGUAGUCCUGGUUUAGUCCUGGUCUAGUCCCGGUCUAGUCCCCGUGUAGUCCUGGUUUAGUCCUGGUCUAGUCCCGGUCUAGUCCCCGUGUAGUCCUGGUUUAGUCCUGGUCUAGUCCCGGUCUAGUCCCCGUGUAGUCCUGGUUUAGUCCUGGUCUAGUCCCGGUCUAGUCCCCGUGUAGUCCUGGUUUAGUCCUGGUCUAGUCCCGGUCUAGUC